GGGAAGGGAAAUGAUGAGAAAGGCCUAAAACGACUUACCGUUCAGCCCAAAUAACUACAGGCGGCAAGCGGAGUCAUAAGGGUGCCAGGAACCGACGAAGGCGCCGGCAAAAAGAAACGAAAGCAGAGCGAGCGAAGAAUUGCAGCAGCCGAGCUCUCGACAAUGGAUUCUCUGGUAGCUAGCUACGGAUCUUCCGACGAAGACGAACCCCAACAGCAAGAAGCCGUCCGCCAUGAAAGGCAAUCAUCCAGCUAUUCUACCUCUUCCCAGUCCUUACCUCCAGCGCGACCUUCUCUCCCUCUUUUUUCCGUCCUUCCGCGCCCUAAAUCCUCCUCUUCUUCUUCGCCGUCGCCGUCAAUCUUCUCUUCUUCGCUUCCUCCCCCCAAAUCCCAAAAUUCUGCCGCUCCACAACCCCUCUCCAACCGCAAUCCCAAGCGAAUCGUCCAAUUCAAACCCCCUCCCCUUCCCACCUACCCCGACGACGAAGACGACGAUGAAGACGAACGGCCAGCUCGCCCAAGCAAAUCAACCGCCGUCGAUUCUUCUUCCGUGAAAUCGUUCCUCUCCAGCAUUCCCGCUCCAAGAAGCUCCUCCGCCUUGGGCGCCCUCCCUUCCUCUGGUUCUGGCCGCAGAUCCAUCCUACAGACCGACGCUCCGCCCUCAAUCCCCGAAGAUUCUGUACCCGAAGCCGCUAGUCAAUCGGUCUUCGAUCAGAAUGUAGAACAUCCAGCCAGUUAUGGUUAUUCCGAUUAUCAAAGUUACGAUGGGAGCAGCUACGCUGCUAGAACGGAGCAGACGGUUGGUGGUGGUAGUACUGAUGGAACCUACGGGGAGUAUUACGCUGCUGACUACGGGAAUUGUUGGGCUGAAGGGUCUUCGACGGCAGCGGUGGUCGUAGAUGAUAGUGCGGGGAGGUUUAUGCGGGGGAAGAGGGGAAGGAAUGAGAAGCCAAUUGAGAUCAUCGAAGUGAAGCAGGAGGAGUUGACCAAGAACAGGCCUAGGCAGGAUCAAGUUAAGUCGACCGGAAUUGCCUUUGGGCCAUCAUACCAGCCUGUUUCUACUGCCAAGGGUAAGCCUUCAAAACUUCACAAGAGGAAGCAUCAGAUCGGUACUCUAUACCUCGACAUGAGGCAGAAGGAGAUGGAAUUGCAAGAGCGGCGCUCAAAGGGCUUCCUCACUAAAGCUCAAACCCAAGCCAAAUACGGGUGGUGAUACUUGGGGCUUCUCCUCCCACUUUUGCCACCUUGUAUGGAAGGGAAGGAAGAAAGGCUUCUUUUCAUCUUCAUUCCGUUUGUUCUUUUCAUACAUUCCUCACCAAAGCUCAAAACCCAAGCCAAAUACGGGUGGUGAUUCUUGUUCUUGGGGCUUCUCCUCCCUCUUUUACCUCCUUGUAUGGAAGGGAAGGAACAAAGGCUUCUUUUCCUCUUCAUUCAGUUUGUUCUUAUCACUUCUCUAAGAAUGUGCAUUACUUCUAGCUGUGAACUAUGAUCAGUGACUGCUUUUCCCAUAUGUUGCUAUAAUGAUUGUACUGUUAAUGAUUUUGAUAGAGGAUGACUACGAAUGACCCAGUAAAUGGAUAUAGUUGGCCAGUUGAUAAAAAAGGUCAUUGAUAAGC